AUGAAGCAAUAAUGAAAUAAAAUGUAUCAAAAAGUGGUGUGAAAACGUUCCACAGUGAAAUAAGCACAGCGAAAUCAUAAAAGCUUACAUCGCCGCAGGUGUCCUUCGCCGCGCCAGGACAACCGCAAAAUCGACGCAUAAACUCAUUCAAAAUGAUUAACAAUAAUUUGGAUUAUGAGCGCAAUAGCAACACGACGCCAGCGGGUGUCGACAACGAUGUCGCACCAGCAGCAACAACAACAACGCCGGCUACCACAAUAUCGCCAACCACGGCGAACAGCAACAAUCGGAAUAGCAACAGCAACAGCAACAGCAACAGCAACAGCAACAGCAAUCACGCGAACGUCGACAACGGCAGCUACUUUAAUCGUUUCGACAAUCGCAUUGCCGCCAAUUUGGCAGCUGUGCUGACGGGUUCGCGCUUCCGCUCGUCCUCCACAUCUUCGCCCACGAAGACACUGCAAAAGACGAAAAAUGCGAACAUUCUUCGCAGCACGCAGGCUCUCUCGAAUUCAAGUACAAAUAUGCAUGCCGUCGGCAGCGCAGUCACGCCGCGCUACAAUGGCGUUUCGACGCUGGGUGGUGGUCGGAAACCACCCGCGCAUCUGCAACUGCACAACGGUGGCAGCGACACGCGACCCUCAUCGCCCCAGCUGCACGGCUCGGUGGGGCGCAAUCGACGUCCGUUGCAUUUAUUCAUGCAAGCAAAUUUGAACUGCAAUGACAAUGAGAAAGUCGCGCACACGCCACCCAGCUCGGACGAAGACAACUCACCCACAGAGCUGAAUAAUUGCAAGCGUUUGGUCGACAAACCGCCCCUGGUCAAGCGUUUAACCAUGGGCUUGCUGCGCUCAAAUGAAGAGUCACGACCGCUUGUCAGUAUCGGCACACCCACGAGCACAACAAAUACAAACACACUGUGCAACGCCCGACUGCAAAGCUCGACAAGCAAUAAAAUCUAUUCGAAUGGCUAUAUUAAUGAGGAGGCCUUUGAGCCGGAGAAAUUUAUUGCGAGCAAAUUCGGUGAUUCGUGCCGGCAAUCGCUAACGGCUAUACCCAUGCUGGACACGGUGAAUCUGAACGACAACAGCGAGUUCAAUCUGAAGAAGCGUUAUUUGCGUGAAACAAGUAGUGCAAACUCCAGUCCGAAGAUUUUCGCCAAUCGCCUGCGCAAUAACACAUUAUCGGCCGCCAUGCGCUCCAGCACCACCUCCAAUUCCACCACAAAUAACACAACCACAGCGGAUGCCUUAGACGAAACCGAGGAAGCCGAUCUCAAGGAUGCCUCUUGGUUUCAAGCUGGCAUUUCUCGUGACAUAGCCGUCGAAGUGCUGUCGAGCAAAAGUCCUGGUGCCUUCUUAGUGCGCAAAAGCACCUCUAAGCCGGGUUGUUUCGCCUUAACGCUGCGUGUGCCAUCGCCACCUGGACCAAAAACCGCUAAUUACAUUAUACUGCGCACGGCGAGAGGCUACAAAAUAAAGGGCUUCCGCAAGGAGUUCUCCACGCUGCAGGCCUUAAUAACUCACCAUUCCGUUAUGCCGGAAUUGCUGCCAGUGCCGUUAGCCAUGCCCCGCCCAGCAAAUAUGACCUCCUCGCGGCGCAAUAUCGACGACUUUGACACUUACGAUUCACUGCAGAUGCUAGUGAAGUACUUACGCGCCAAAACUUUGGAAAAUGAGUAGAGUCAAAUUGAGUGAUAGCGUUUAAUCAUAAUUAAAGUGGCUAUAGUUUGGUCUUACCUGAUAUGAAGAAGCACAAAACAAGCACGAACUAUUAUACGAGCUGCGAAAAUUUGAAGAUUAAUAAGCUAAAGAAAUACCUUACUCGAACACGCAUACUCGUGCAUCCCAGCUUCGUGCGCUUAAACAACACACACACACACAUUACUUCCGUUUACGCGGGGUAGUACUUUUACAAGCUUCAUUACCGAGCUAUCAGCAAUUAUCACAGCUACAGCCGAAAACUUUUCACAGCUUAAAUUAUAAUUUCUCUUUGCUUUAGA